AUGCCUUCUAGCAAGCAUCCCAUAGGCCUCCGCUGGCGAGCAAGCACUCUUUUCAUCAUCGCUACAGUUGCCAUCGGCUUAUUCACCGACCUCUUCCUCUAUGGACUUGUUGUCCCUAUAUUACCAUUCAUGCUCCAAGAGCGUAUACAUCUCCCUGAAGACAAAAUCCAAUCCUGGGUGUCUGGGCUUUUGGCCGCCUAUGCCGGCGCUAGUGUCGUCUUCUCCAUACCCGUGGGGGUCGUCGCUGACCGCACCAAUGCUCGGCGGACGCCCUUCCUUUGUGGCCUUGCCGCCUUACUCGCCGCUACCAUCAUGCUGGCUCUGGGUCAGAAUAUCCCAACACUUAUUAUAGCCAGGGUUCUGCAAGGGACCAGCGCCGCUGUUGUUUGGACCGUGGGUUUGGCCAUGGUGCUGGAUACCGUGGGUCCUCAGAACCUUGGUAAAGUCAUUGGAACGAUUUUCUCAAUAAUAUCAGUCGGCGAGCUGGCGGCCCCGGUUCUUGGAGGGGUCCUGUACCGCGAGACAGGCUAUGGAGGAGUUUUUGGGCUAGGUGCGGCAUUGCUUGGAGUCGACUUUAUCAUGCGGAUUCUGGUGAUCGAGAAGAAAACCGCAGUGAAAUACGACAAAUCUCUUGCAGAAAUUGACAACCCCUGUGACGCCGAAUCGCGAGGCGAAGGAAUGGAUAGCAGGGAUGAUGGCAGCGAAGAGGCACCUCUGUUGCCGAAAAAGGAGGAAGGUAACUACCGCAUCCCAGACGGUCAAAACAGACUGGUCCGAAGCCUGCCCAUCCUCUACUGCCUAUCCGACCCCCGACUUCUCGUUGCUCUGCUCCUUGCAUUCGUCCAAGCGGCGCUCCUCGCCACCUUCGACGCCACUAUUCCCACCGAAGCCCAGACCCUCUUCGAGUUCGAUUCGCUAGAAGCUGGUCUCCUCUUCAUCGGCCUUGACAUCCCUUGCCUCCUGCUCGGCCCCCUUGCGGGCUGGGCGGUGGAUAAAUACGGCACAAAACCCGCUGCGGUCCUUGGGUUCGGCUACCUUGUCCCAACCUUGAUCCUGCUCCGCUUACCCUCUGCGCAAAUCGCCCCCAGCCGCACGGCCAACAUCGUAUUAUACUCGGCGCUUCUCGCCCUCAACGGCAUCGGCCUCGCCAUCAUCGGCUCCCCCUCCAUCGUCGAGGCCUCGGACGUCGUCCAAAAAUACGACAAGGCCAACCCAGGCCUCUUCGGCGAGAACGGGCCCUACGCGCAACUCUACGGCUUUAACUCACUCGUGUUUUCUGCCGGCUUGACCGUCGGUCCCAUCCUGAGCGGGACCCUCAGAGACACCAUAGGGUAUGCGAACAUGAACGUCGUGGUCGCGGCCAUCGCGGGCGUCACGGCCGUGUUGAGCUUCUUGUUCGUCGGCGGCCGGCCGAAAAUUCUGAAAAAGAACAAGAGACAGCCGAGUAGUGAGAGAUAG